CCAUCAUUGUUUUGACGAAACUCUCUCCUACAAAAAUGGAGUCAAACGUCAACAUCACGAAGAAGGAGGACGUCUGCUUGGAAGUCAUCGUGACAAGCCUAAACACUUCUUUCAACAAAUCAGCCUCCAACAACGACAGUGCAAAUUCUAUACGCAUCGCCAGUGCUGAUACAUCACUAAAUGCAUCCCUCCCACCAAGUCCAUGGGAGUCGCGACGCAUUCGUGCCGAUUUAAUCGAAGCCAAGGCUAGAAUUGUUAAAUUUAAACAAGAAAUCGAACGUCAACACGAAAUCGUCAAGAAAGGGAGUCAAUGUAUGAUAGUAAAGUUCGUGAACUCACUAAACAAUGUGAUUUCUCAUCCAACAAACUGCUAGACAUGGAAAAGCACAUGACUGUGAUGCGUAAGAGAGAACAACGUUCCAAAUCCGAAUUUACUGCUGCCAAGAGCGAACUCAAUGAACAAGAGUUAGCUUACGAAGAAACGAUUCAUGAGCUUCAGCGAACUAAUGCGGAAAUUGAAGAGAAUGCGAGACUCAUGCAACACGACUUGACCAAUGAAUUGAGUGACUAUCGACGACACUCAGACAAUGAUACAGCUUUCCCUUAUUUCUCAACUCUAUCAAAAUUUUGAAUGGAAGUUCAAAAUUCAAGUCAAGGUAACAAAAGUAGCCGCGAAUUUCUUGGAUAUAAUUAAUUUGUAAAUAUUGACAUAAAUGUUUAAAACAAA